UAUAAACUUGCUAACACUGUGUUUCUUUGCAGUGUAAAAAGUGGUUAGUGACUUGCGUGACAAGAAAGGAUGGCGCGGUCACGCUCCAGAUCAUCUCCCAAGAGGAAACAGAGGCCUUCAUCACCAGCACCUAGAAAGUCUGAACACUACAAGCAAAGAAGUUCUCGUGGGUAUCAUAGCUUUGACCAUAGGAAGGAUCUGAACAGAUCCACCACUUGGAGAAUGCACAAGAAUGGACAGAGGAGAUCAAGGAAUUCUUCUCGUGAAAAUACGUAUUACCGAUAUUAUAAACGUAGAUCAUCCUCUCCAAACACAAGAAGCUCUUCAGACAAAUUUUAUUCUUAUAAGCCUUACCAAGCAUAUUCACCAGGAAGAGAGGAUGGUAACAGGUACAUGCCCAGAUACUCAGAAAGUGCAUACUACCCACAGUAUCAGUGGGAUUAUUAUCCUCAGCACGCGCGAGGAAGGUCUGUUCCUUAUGACCACAGAGGUAGAAGAAGUGGAAAAAGAGGAAAAUCACCUCGGAGGUCAACAGAAGAUUCCUCUAGAUUUGAACGAAAGCAGCGUGAAGAUGAGCUGAGGUCCCAGAAGACACGAGAUGAAAAAUAUUCUCACUCUCUUAGAAGACGCUCUGAAGAUGGUGAGAAAAGGAGCUCUUUUCAGAAGAGGCAUACUGAGGAUCGUGAUUACAGAAGACGUGGGCACACGUCAACAAGACAUACAGGCGUGGAGAGGCAUGAUAACAGAGAGCUGUCCAGAAACCGUCAGUGCAAGCCGAGGCAUUCCCCUUCGCCUCACCAGGAGAAGAGAGCUCAGCGCAGCCCUAAGUACCAAGCUCAUCGACAUGCUCCGAAGAGACCCCCAGAGACCAGUUCAUCAACCAGGGCAUCCAGCGACUCUCGCCACAAACGCCGCAAGACCUCAGAUGGGGACCAGGAGUUGUCUGAUGGAAAAUCUCAGAAAUACUCGAAGGAGGAAGAUAGAAAAAGCACUCCUCAGAAUGACAAUGGAAAGUCCAGUUGCUCACAUGCUGGAAGACAGAGAGAGGCUGAAGAUGGGAAAGAUAAAAGUCCUUUAAAAUCAUCUAAGAAACACUACACUGCCUCUGCUCAUUCAGAUAAAAGUGUUGAUUUCAGAACCUCUGACGACAAACCGAAGAUGGAAAGAAAGAAAGAAAGGGAUGACAGGAAAGAGAGCAACUCCUCCAGUAACCACCUUGAUGAAAGUAAAGCUUCUGAUAUGAAACCUUCAUCCACUAGUCUUAGGAAGAAAUCACUUAUAAUUAAAGUAAAUGAGAAGAAAACAGUAAAUGCAUCCAGGGUCGCUUCUAUCAAGACAGAGAGUGAGAUGUCAGCUGAUUUGUCUGCUGUUAGCAAGAAAAGUGAGGACUCGGAACCAGUGCUUGAAAAUCUUGGCUCAACUGAGAAUACUGAAAACAAAAGUAAAGAAGAAUUUGCUCAGGAAAUCAUAACUGUCAUCCAUCAAGUUAAAGUUAAUUAUUUUCCAUCACCUCCCAUCACUCUACAUGAGCGUUUCUCAAAAUUAAAAGAUCAACAAGCUAUAGAUGGACAUGAAAAUAAAUCGACUCCAGAUUCAGGAAAUCCAAGGAGAGUAAAUAUGCCUUUGGCUGAGCUUCCAAAUAAACACACUAUGGUAUGUGAAUCGGAACAGACUCUGGUCAAAGUAAUAGAUCCAAAUGAUCUACGACAUGACAUUGAAAGAAGGAGAAAAGAACGAUUACAGAAUGAAGAUGAGCACAUUUUUCACAUAGAUAGUGCCACAGAGAGGAAUGAUCAGCCUUUCCGUUUUUUGACUCCUGCUGGUAGACCUCAAAACCCUCAAUGGGUUAAAAAAUCAAAUUCUACAAAAUUUACUCAGAGAACUUACAUGAGCAACUUUAGAGGUGGCAGACUCCAGCCCCAUUAUAAAUCAGGCCUCGUACAGAAGAGCUUGUACAUUCAGGCCAAAUAUCAGCGUUUACGGUUCACUGGGUCAAAGGGAUUUAUCACUAAUAAAUUCAGACAAAGAUUACUAAAGAAAAAGUUUUAAUAAUGUAAGACCCUAGUAAAAGGAAGGCACAAACAUGACCACUGGAGUCUAAUGGGCAAUCGAUGCAAAGGGAAGCCACACUACAGGAGGAUAUUGAGAGCAUCUCUGUCAGGAUUUAGAAUUAUCUCUAAAGCACUAAUACUGUAACUUUCUUGAAGAAAAUAACUUUAUUUUUCUGUAGUGGAUGCUGCAACUUUUUUAUACUUGCUUUUAAAUUACAGUAUUCAAUUGAAACAUUGUACAACUACAGUUUCUUUUGCAAAAAGUCUCAAAAGGACAUUCAUUAUUUGUUGAAUUUUUCUCUGAGCAUGGUUUCAUAGGGAACUUAACCGAGUUAUAUCCAAACAUUUAUAUGUUGAGAGUUUUUCUUAUGUAGUAAAAAAAUAAAAGUAUCUGAAUUAUGUACUAUCUGCACAUGAAAGAACUUUAAAACAGUGGCCUUACAGUAGUAAAUUUUAUACUGGAGUUUUCUUUUUCUGAUGACAUUUUGGCUUAUUGAAGUUUCCUUAAGUUUCUGAAGUUCAAGGCCUAGAUAAUUCAUACAUUUCAUAUUAUAAGAAAGCAAGACAAAAGGUGCUUCGAAAUAUUUCAUCAGGUAGUGAGUACACUGAAUUUUUAGUAACUGGUUCAUUGAAUUUUUUCUAUAACUAUUUGCUCUUUUCUAGUUUUAAAAUGCUAUUGUGGAAAAUAUGUGAAGAUUUUAUAACCUAUGGUCCAUCUUACUUUCCCUCAGGGCAACCUUGUUCAUAUCGUAUUUUUAAAGGCUUUUAAAAUUUUUGACAAAGUCUCAUAUUUGGGAAAUGUACUUUACUAUAGCGUUAUACAUUUUACAAGAACAUAUUAUAGAGUGUUUAUUUUAAGUUCAGUUGUGUUGAAUAUCUACUAUGUAUAAGACAUAAUUGA